AUGCCGAGGCUCCCGGCAGUGCUUGUCGCUUUUGCCGGCCUGUUUGCCGGCGGCGCCUUUUCGCUGCCAACCAACGGCGAGGCCUCUACCGUUUCUUGGAUCGACGACGACGCCCCUUCCUACAGCUCGGGCACGACCUUUGGUGUACCGUGGUCGCAGGGGAAGCUGUACCCAAACCAGACGAGCUUCUCCAUCUCCGCGGCCGGCGGGGACGUUGCCUCGGACUCUUGGGUCACGGCCUACUGGCGCGACGGCUCCAUCAAGUGGACCGCCCACGCGCUCGGGGCCACUGACAGCCCUCAGAGCGAGUACACCGUCAAGGCGUCGGCCAAGACAAGCGGGGGACCCAAGGGCGACAUCUCGGUGGCAGACUCCUCCGACUCCGUCAGCGUCGACACGGGAAAUAUCACCGUCACCUUCCCCAAGUCGGGAAGCAGCCUGAUCGGCAGCAUCAAGACGGCCGGCGGCAAGACGGUGGGCCAGGACGGAAAGCUCGUGCUCCACUCGCAGUCGGCGCUGGUCGGCGAUGUCUCUGGCCGCGCCAACCAAUCGGUCAGCUACUACAACUUCGAGAGCAAGAUCGCCAACGUGUCCGUCACCAAGGACACCACGGUGCGGGCCCUCGUCACCGUCGGCGGCAACUACCAGGUGACGGCCGAUGGGGGCGAUCACGACGAUUGGCUGCCGUUCACCGUGCGAUUCUACCUGUACUCGGGCUCGAACGCCAUCCGCGUCAUUCACAGCAUCGUGUUCGACGGUGACCAGGACAACGACUUCGUCUCCGCGCUGGGGAUCCGCCUCCAGGUUCCUCUCGCCGACGAGGAGCUGUACGACCGGCACGUGCGUCUGGCCGGCCAGGAUGGCGGCUUCUUCAGCGAAGCCGUCAAGGGUAUCACCGGCCUCCGCCGUGACCCGGGAGUCGAGGUUCGCGCUGCCCAGUUCGAGGGCAGACAGACGCCCAACAUCAGCACGUGGGACACGCGCGUCAGCUCCAGGUUGAACUGGGUCCCGUCUUGGAACGACUUCAGGCUCAGCCAGCUGUCGGCCGACGGCUUCUCCAUCCAGAAGCGGACCGAGUCGGGAUAUACGUGGCUCACCGGUGCGGCCGGCACACGCUCCGGCGGACUGGGCUACCUGGGCGGCGCCACGGUUGGCGGCGUGGCCGUUGGUCUUCGCGACUUUUGGCAGCAGCACCCGGCCGGCAUCGACAUCGCCGACGCGGCGUCGGACUCUGGAAGCAUCACCCUCUGGCUGUACAGCCCGGAUGCGGAGCCGCUGGACCUGCGCCCCUUCCACGACGGGCUAGGCCUGGACACGUACGAGAAGCAGCUCGAUGCGCUCGAGAUCACGUACGAGGACUACGAGCCCGGCUUCGACACGCCCAAGGGCAUCGCCAAGACGCACGAAGCAUACAUAUACGCAUUUGACGCGACCCCCACAGUGGAGCGCCUCAGCACACUCAACAGCCUCCUCUCCGAGCCUCCCGUACUCCUCCCCGAGCCUGCCUACAUACGGGAGACCAAGGGCGUGGGCUCGUACUGGGAUGUGCCCGACACGACCUCGGACAAGGCCCGGGCUCUGGAAGACAACCUCGACUUCCUCCACGACUACUAUCAAGCGCAGGUCAAGGACCGCCACUUCUACGGCUUCCUCCACUACGGCGACUUCAUGCAUUCGUACGACGAGAACAGGCACGCGUGGCGGUACGACGUGGGCGGCUACGGCUGGGACAACUCGGAGCUGUCGCCCAACCUGUUCUUCUGGCAGCACUUCCUGCGCACGGGGCGAGCCGACGUGUACCGCUUCAGCGAGGCGCUGACGCGCCACUCGGGCGAGGUGGACGUGUACCACAUCGGCGACUGGAAGGGCGUGGGCACGCGCCACGGCGUGCUGCACUACGGCGACAGCGCCAAGCAGUCGCGCAUCGCGCAGCCCCAGUACCGACGCUACUUCUUCUACCUGUCGGGCGGGGACGAGCGCGUGGGCGACCUGCUAGACGAGACGCUCGACAUGGACCAGGUGUACGGGCACCUGGACGCGCAGCGCAAGGUGCGCACGGACGGGUGGCUGCCGGAGCCGGGGAAGCCGGCGUCUGUCAACCUUGGCACCGACUGGGCCGCUCUGGCGGCGGCCUGGCUGAUCGGGUGGGAGCGCCGCGGUCCGAGGUGGGAGGAGUCCCGCGAGAAGCUGACGCGCACGGCGGCGGCCAUCGCCAACCUGACCAACGGCUUCGUGACGGGCUCGGCCCUGUACGACAUUGACAACCGCACGCUGCUCCCGCCGCCUUCGGACCCGGACAACGAGGGUCUCGUAUCGGUGUCCCACCUGUCCGCCGUCUUCGGCCUGCCCGAGGUCAUCUCCGAGGCCCUCGAGUACUGGGGCGAGGAGGAGACCCCGGCCGGCUUCAAGGACGCCUGGUUGGACUACUGCUACUACUACGGCGCCGGAUCGGUGGAGCAGACGGCCCGGUACGGCGAGGCCUUUGCCAAGUCCAGCCUGCUCCAGGGCCACUCGCGCCUCUCGGCAUUCUACUACUCCCAGACCGGCAACACCACGGUCGGGGAGCGCGCCUGGACCGAGUUCUACAGCAACCAGACCGAUAGCCUGGUUCCCAACUCGACGUGGACUAGUGAGAGGAUCACGGCGCCAUAUGUGCCUGUCCCCGUCGACGAGGCGACGUGGGUGUCGACCAACUCGGCUGCUCAGUUUGGUCUGGCGGCGAUCCAGAACCUGGCGUGGGCCAGGAAGACACUCGACAGUAGUGAGGCGUAG